UAAGAACUUUCACUCUUCACACAUCUUCUCUAUAUCCAAUUAUUUUCCGAUUUACUAGAUCCAAAUCAUCAUCUAAUUACAGAAAUGGCAAAGCAAAAGAUUGUGGUGAAGGUCACUAUGAACACUGAAAAGAAAACUCGUAAGGCUCUUCAAAUCGCCGUUAGUCUCUUCGGUGUGGAAUCAGCUUCUUUCAUGGGUUCAGAUAAAGACCAGAUAGCGGUGACCGGAGAAGGAAUUGACUCAGUUGAACUGACGACCUUGCUAAGGAAAGGUGUCGGAUACACAGAACUAGUGAGUGUUGGUCCGGUGGAGGAGAAGAAACCAGAUGCCGCAAAGGAAACAAAUCCGUACCAAUACUACUACGGCAACUAUGGGAUGCCUUACUAUGCAUAUGCAUAUGAGAUUUGAGAUAUUAUUAAAAAUGGAAGAGAGUGAAAGAAAUUAGUUUUAUAUUGCUGCAUAAUUAGCUUAAAUUUUUUAUUGGGGAAUUUUGCAUUGUAUAGAAUAAGAACCCUUUGAUGUACAUAUUGUGUUUGUAAUAUAUGGGAAACCUAAUUUUGGUCGACGUUAUAUAAAUAUAGUUUAUUAAGCAUCUU